AUGACACGAGGCGGUGUGCAGUUAUCAGCGAAAUGGUCUAAAGAACACAUAUUUGCCACGCCCCCCAACAACCUGCCCAACUCCACCUCACUAACUGUAAUCGGUAAACGUGAUCUGUCUUCUGAGAGCAGUAACUUGAGCAAACAUUAUUUGGGCCGCGAUUCCCCAAUCGUGCGCAACGGUUCAGUUCGUCCGAUACCUAGUUCAGGCAACCCGUUUCGAAUACCAAGGUCCUUCUCCACCUACGCAGAAGUUGAGCUCAAACCUGAUAUAUCUCCGAGAAUCAAUGGCCUGAGGACAAACCUUCCUGUAAAUAGUGUUGUGUCUUAUCAGAGCAGCACCAACGGAGCUCGAACAGCUGGGGAAGAAAAAACUGACGCGGAAUAUGACGAAUUUCUUCAGCUUGCUAAUCGGCAGGAGGCAUUCAAACCUGUUCAUAAAGCCCCGAUCACAUCAAGGCCUUUUGCAGACGAUCAAGUUGGGUUGUGGCCCGGUCAAUCAGUUCCAAUGAAAACCCUUGGGUCCAUAAACCUUCCAAGAUCCACAAGUGCAUACUCAGAUAGCCUGUUUCCUUCCCAUGAUCCACAAACAAAAUCACUGGCCACAACCCGGAAUUUCGGCCCAAUCCUACCAAUGUCCACUGAAGAUGAUAACAGAAGCCCGUGGAACAAACACUCUCCCUUCAUUGUCUCCGACAGUUCACCAUAUACCACAGAUGCGGAAUCGCAGAUGUUGGGAACUCCAAUUACUUCUGUUCCAAAGCCUAUCCCCCCACCCCCACAGCGGCAAUCUCAAUCGAGCAGACAGGCAUCGUCUGGCCCACUGCAGUUACAAGGGAAUGAUAACUCAUCCGAAGUGCAGCCUCCAACCCAUUGGAGUCCAUCCCCUUCCGCAGUCGAAGGAGAUACCAAGCAAGACCAACAUAGGUGA